UUCCCUCUUUUACAAACCAAGGACACUCUUGCAUUGUCUGAAGAGCUUGCUGAGUUUGAGGGGUACUCUUCUCGGUUAACAACAUUAGAUUACACCGUCUGUGUUCAGAGCGAAGUGUUUGUGAUGACUCAAGGGGGGAACUUCCCUCACUUUUUGAUGGGACACAGGCGUUACCUGUUAGGAGGGAAUGCAAAGACAAUAAAACCCAACAAACGGAAGCUGGUCUUAUCUUUUGACGACCCAAAUAUCAGAUGGAGUCGAUUCAAGCACCACAUGCUGGAAAUACUGCACCAUAGUGACAUAAGGGGCAUCACAUUCAGCAAACCUAAUGAUUCCAUAUACACCUUCCCAAUGCCUGAUUGCAUGUGCCAGCAAGAUGGAAUAUGAUCUAGGCGUUAGCAUACAUAACUGAGGGAUGCAUUUCCUCUGCCUUUGUGCAACAAAGGCACCAAAGGCACGGCAUUGUUGACUGCAUGAUCAGGAUUUGAUGGUCAUGAUGAAAACUGGAGUGAAAUAAAGCAUUUGGUGCUUCUCAGGAGAUUCUGAAACCCUCUGGCAUACCCCAAACCGUUUGAUUCUGGAUAUAAUGGUCAAAAGGUGCCUAAUGACAAUGAAUUCCAUAGGAUCAGAAAUUGAGAGGAUGCGAGGGAUUUUGUAAAGUUAGUAAUCUAUAGGUAGUCCACCAUAUAGCAAUUUUCAUUUGUUCAAUCUGUCUGUAGGUUGUAAAGAGAAAAGAGCUACGAGAUUGGGUUGUAAAUAUGAGUACAACCUAAGUGCCUCGAUGUAUAUUCGAAAAACAAGGGCUAACAACAACAAAGAAAGGAAAUUUUUAGUAUAUCA